AUUUCAGGGCACGGCAUCCUGUUUGGACGCUUGCCUCAUGUCAGAGUGCUGGGAUGGAACCAGAAGGCGCUCAGACGCAUGAAGCCGCAAAUGCGGCCAAGGACGUGCCCAGCGAAAGCAGAGAGCCUUCCACAGUGCCAAGUGCGCUGGUGACUGGUUCUGCACAGACAGGCCCUACGGCCAAAGUCCCAGUCGUUGCAUCGGCCACCAUCCCAGCAGCGAUCCCACUCCCAACGGCCGCGGGCCAAGCGGCCGUGGCCGGCAGCGUAAUCAGCACGCAGGCUUCUAGCAUACCAUCAACCGCGCGUGCAUCAUCACGUGGAUCCGUGAGGGUUGGCAGCGUGGUGAUUCCUUGCGUGCCUCAAGAGCCUACGAGUCGAGGAGGCUCGCAUCCUUUGCCGCAGGCAUGGGCUUUUGGAAGAAGUGGAGGCAGCCUGCCCUGUGCCCAAAGUUGGCAACCUGUGAGAACUCCGACAGCAUCUCCAUAUCCGCAAUUCUCAGGAGGAGCCUGGCCCUGCACACCCCGUGCUGCCGUCCCUGGCACCCAGGUUGCAGCGUCUCCCGCUCAAGCGCCGCAGGUGGCCACGCCGCAGGUGGUGGUUGUGAGAGAACUAUCGCCGGGCAGGCCUUUGGCGCAUCCAUCUGUGGCACAGCGUGCUUUGUCACCGGGUGUGCCACCUGCCGUAGUGUCGCAGCCGAUACCUUCUCCGCAAGCCUUGCAGGGGCAAAUGUCUCCGGGGUUCGUGUUCCAGCCCAGAGCUUUGUCGCCAAGCAGGCCAGCAGCAGUUUGGGCAGCUCCUGCUCAGAUGUCCCCACGGCAGCCACCUCCAAAUCGAUUGCAGAGCAGUCCUCCUCCACCUAUGACAGGGAGAGUGACGCUUGUCCGUGAGCGCUCAUUGUCACCUCCGAGCUUGCCGCCGGUGCCGGUGUUUCAAGCUGUGCCUCGAGCUAUGCCGCACACUGCACUUCAAGCCGUGCCUGGAGUGCCUGCUGAGCCUUUGGCGCCUUCCGAACCGCAAGCCUCCAGAUGUCUUUCUCCCCGUCCGGUGGUCGUAAAGCAGGCCACCCCACGCGCACCGUCAGCACCAAGAACCGUAAUACGCCAAGUGGUGACUCCGCGAGGUCAAGUUGGAGCUUGUGCGCCAGCUGGGGUUGCAACCCCAGGGAGAGUCCUCGAAGGACUUCGGGCGUCUGCCCAGAGGCAAGGUGCGCGCACCACGUGGCGCAUGCCGGUUCGAAAGGGUGCUGUUCGUUCGAGCUCGGCCGCUGGAGGGGUGAGGACUGCUCCAUCGGUGGUUCCUCCGGGACGCGCGGUGAAGGGCUGUCCGAGUCAAGAGCCCAUUUGCGAUUCGCACCUACCAACAGCAGCGGGGCAGCUGCCUAGAAGGAUACCCUCGGCUCCGAGCAGAGCGCAGCCGGCAGAGUCGCCUUCAACUGCAGCGGCAGAGAUGGAUCCUCGCUUCAUCGCAUUCAGAGACAUGCUCAGCGAGCCAGGUGGUCUGGAGGCAACAUGCCAGCAGCUGCUGACCAGGCUGCAAGCUGGCAGCUCUGUGCGUUGGGAGGAGUUGGUGAACCUAAAUCCCAUCACCACUUUGCUCGAGAUUGGAGCCGGGGUGGCCUCCUCGCCAACAUGCUCGCGCAAGGCUGUACAUACUGCCUACCAGGAGGACGGGGAGGAGGUGCCCAGUUGCAGAGGCUGGUGGCGAGCCCUGCUAGCAAGGCACAGCCUGUACGGCCCCGGAGAUGUGCUGGGUGCAGCAGAGCUGUCUGAACUUGUUGGGGUCGCUCUGCGCUUCUUGCGGGAUCGGUAUGCACCACAGGCCUUCUUGCGGAACCUGCGGACGGUGCACUGCGGCUCGAAGAGGCUGAAAGAGCUCUAUGGAAGCUUUGAGUUUCACUCUCGUGGCAUGAUGGGAAAGAGCUACAGGUGCAGAAGCCGUCUUACGCGAGAGGAGCAUAUCUGUCGGCAGGUCUGCAAAGACAAGGUUCCCGCUCCCUCGGAUGUGGUUCGGGCAGAGGUGGAGAUUUUGAGAAGUCUGGAGCAUCCGACUCUACCACAGGUGAUCGCUAGCUUUGAAGACUUCAACAAUAUCUACAUCGUGCUGGAGCCGGUGGAGAGUGUGGAGCUGGUGAACGUGUUGCAGCAGUGGCAUCAGACUGGACAAGGGCUCAGCGUUGGCUGGUUGGCAGUGAUUGCGCGACAGCUUCUUGAAGCCUUCAGGCAUUGCCACGAGCUGCGACCACGAAGCCUUGUCCACGGAGAUCUGCGGCUGACGAGCCUUCUUCUCUCCGCCAUGACAGAUGCCAAAGCCGCCCCGCAGUUGGUAUUGGCAGAUUUAGGCCUGGCUGGGCUGCCGUCUGCGCCUCGCGAGGGAAAAGCCUGUGGACCCGGGACUGGUCAAGAGGACUGGUCACAAUGUCCAAGCCCUUUGCUGGAUGUGUGGUCUUGCGGGUGUCUCUUUUUUAUGCUCUUGUCCGGGCACCAUCCCUUCAGCGGUGAUCCCGGUGGUCGCUUGGUGCCGUCGGUCUCGCGACACGAGCCACCAGAGCCCGACUGGCGGAUGCUGCCUUCUGCCUCCUCUGCCUCGCUUUGCGCGCAGAUGCUAUCCUGGGACGUCAAGGCGCGCCCGACAGCUGCAGAAUGUCUGAGGCAUUCUUGGCUCUCUGCGGAUGACUCCCAUAAUGCAGCACUGCCGAUGGAGGCCUUGGGGAACCUUCUGAAGUCGCAUCACAAGUCCAAAUUGCAGGAGAUCACAGCCGGCUUGGCCAUCUCCGAGCAGAUCACAAGCCCCUUCUCGGCUGUUGGAGCUGCCUUGGCGUUGCAGCACACCUUCAGCGAAGGUGAGGCCACCCCGGGAGCUCAGGACGUGGCCGCGACCGUGCCUCUGGAAAAAGCAAACGAAGCGCUUGCCAAGCUUGGCAUGUCAGCCAAAGGCAUCGACAAGGUCCUGAAGGCCUUCGUCGACGACCAAGGCGUCAAGGUCAGCUCCGGGCUGCUCAUCUCUCACUGCUCGGAGCUUGCCGAGGACUUGUUAGACCAUGCCCUCUGGCGAGUUUUCACCGCCGCUGGUGAGGAUCACCGGGGGGUGCUGGGCGCUGCAGAGCUGGAGAAGGCCCUGGCAGAGAGCGCAGAAGGUGGUGCUGACAAGGCUGGCGGCGAGCCAGAGAGCGCGGGCGGGCCCUUCGGCGAGCUGAAGGCGAGCGACAUCGUGCGGCAGAUCGCCUCUGGAAGUCAGCAGGUAACUUUCGAGGAGCUGAAGGGGGCAGUUAUACAGCGGCAAUCAGCUGCCUACACAAAGGCCGCUUCGCCUGUGAGGCUCGCUGGCAAAACGACCGGUGCCUGACAACCCAGCUCUGAGGUUAGGACGCCCAGCCCUUUGGCCUUUGCUGAGUAUUAUGC